AUGGCUUGCCGGAACGGCUGCUGUUGUGGCUUCGGUCCAUUGAAUGAGGAUAACGCAAGAUUCUUAAUGUUGGCUCUGCUCAUAAUUAUCUACCUCUUUUGCGGUGCUGCUGUUUUCUCUGCCCUGGAGCACCCGAAAGAGAAGCUCGCAAAAGAGCGAUGGGCUCAGAGAUUCGAACAUUUUAGUCAAAAGUACAACCUCAGUAAAAGGGACCUAGACAACUUCCUGAGGAACUACGAGGAAGCGAACGUCGCUGGUAUUCGUGUGGACACCACCAGACCAAGAUGGGAUUUUACUGGUGCUUUCUAUUUCGUCGGAACAGUUGUUUCAACGAUAGGGUUUGGGAUGACAACCCCUGCUACUAUCGGAGGGAAGGUGUUUCUCAUCUUUUAUGGGCUUAUUGGCUGUGCUGCUACCAUCUUGUUUUUCAACCUUUUCCUGGAGCGUGUCAUUACCGUGAUUGCGUUCGUGCUCAAGUUUUGCCACGAGAGACGGCACCGUCGCAAAGCCGUGCUCCCGCAAAAUAUUCACGAGCCGUCGGAGAGCAGCAAUGGGCGUGGCGGGGACAGCCUGGCCGGGUGGAAACCCUCCGUUUACUGUGUGAUGCUGAUUCUCGGAGUGGCGGCCAUCGUAGUCUCAUGUUGCGCCUCGGCCAUGUACUCAACGGCGGAGGGCUGGGGCUACUUGGACUCCCUCUACUUCUGCUUCGUGGCUUUCAGCACCAUCGGUUUUGGAGACAUGGUGAGCGGCCAACGGGAGUCCUAUGAGAACCAGGCAGCCUACAGGGUGGGCAAUUUUCUCUUCAUCCUGACCGGAGUGUGCUGCAUCUACUCCCUCUUCAACGUCAUCUCCAUCGUCAUCAAGCAGGUCCUGAACUGCCUGCUUCAGAGGCUGGAGGCCCCGUGUCGAUGCCCGGGCGUGGCAAAUCGCCACCUCCGCAGGAACGUGGUGGUGCCCGGGCACCUGCGGACGCGUCGAGACCCCUCCAUCGAAACGGACGCGGUGAACGACAGCGAAACGGACGGGCGUCGCAUGUCGGGGGAGAUGAUCUCAAUGAGGGACUUCCUGGCGGCAAACAAGGUCAACUUGGCUAUUAUGCAGAAACAGCUUUCUGAGAUGGCCAAUGGGUACCCACGACAGUCAGGGUCCAGCUCACGUCACAAUGGCUUCUCUGGCGGUGUUGGGGCCUUGGGCAUAAUGAACAACCGGUUGGCAGAAACCAGUGUGGACAGAUGA